UUUCAUAUUUCAUCAGCCAAACAUGAAUGACCUUUACGAAAAUCAUGCCAAAGAAGAGGGCGAACCUCAGAAUUUUGACAACUACAAAGGGCUCUUGGAUGAAGAGGAAGAAGAGAAGUACAUAGAUCCACAAUCUGGGGCUCAUUUUGAGUUCACAGACUUCUGUUCACGCCUUAAAACUUUCAACAAAUGUCCUGAUAAUGAGAAAUAUGAACGGAAUCAUAAUAGCCAUUACUAUAGUUUUGAUUCCAAGUCUGCCACUACCGCAUCUUGCUUAUUCGAUGGUUCUGAGAUCAAGGAAACUCCUUCCAAAGGAUCAGAUAUUCAAGAGGAAGAGCCUAUUCCAGAAGCUGAAGCAUCUUUUAAAUUCACUAGGCUUCAUAAUUUUGAUACUAUUAAUUCUCCUGGUGAUUAUAAAGGAGCUAUUACAAGCCGCUCUAACGGAGUCCUGAUCCCAAAGAUCUUACUCAGUAAGACAACUGAUAUUACCUCAAAGCCUCACAAAGAAAUAAAGAGGGUAAAUAAGCUCCAGAACAUAGGAUGCCUCACCGAAAGGUUCGGAUCAAGCUUGCUUAAGUCUGAUCGAAAGAAGAAGCCAAACAAGAGUCCUAUGAGUAAGAAGAGUAAAAAUAACAAGAAUAAAUUUAAGCCUGGGAAUUCGAUUAAAAUCAGAGGAAUCGAAAGCAAACCAAUGUUGCUUAAUCUUCUCACAAAUUGUACUAAAACUCUUAAAAGAGAGAGCGCAAGGGGUCCUCGAGAGGACCCUUUUCUCACUGAUCGAAGAACAGUCCAAAAUCAAAAGACGCCAAGAAAAUUUAUUUUCCACAGAAGUAAGAAAAACCAGGGCCACAAGGCCGAUUCCAAAAUGGGAUUGAAUCGGGAGAAGACUUUUGACCCACGCAAGAUUUCUAAGAACUCAAAGUCUUCCAAGAACUUAUUCAAACGGAAUAAAAAGAGUGUGAAAAGAGCAGGAAAAUCUAAUAAUAAAAAACAAACUCCUACUUUGAAGAACAACAAUAUCCUGGCUGAGAAGUGGUACAAAUAAGUUUGCUCAGAAGGUCCUUAAGAAACGGCCCAAGGGCCUUGAGAUAAAAGGGUCUGUUAUAAACAAACCUAACCUAACACUGCAGUUUAAUAAUACGAUCCUGAAUAACCCAGUUACGUGUAAAUAAUGAUUAUAUCAUUACAACGAGAGAGUUUGAUAAGUUGUAUAACUGCCAUGACUAUGAUAUAUUUAAGAAAUCAUACAACCCAUCAGGUUCUCAGACACGUGUACCAAAAUCAAGAUCCAAAGCGCGCAAGAAGGCCUCUAGAUCCAAACAAAAAGCCCCAAUGUUUGGUAAAAAGCAGUUCCAAGUGACUUCGACUCAAGAUCUCACUGGAAGUCUUCUUCUCAGGCAUAGAAAUAUUCGCCAAUAAGUCAAGUUA